CAAUCGGCAAUUGCUCGUUUUCGAUCGGUUGAGGUCGUGGGUUCGAAACCGAACAGAUUACCUUUUUCGCAAAUUUUUUCCUUCUUGCUCGUCGUCUUCUCUCGCCGGAAAAUCCAUCACCAUGGAUCAAGAGCAACCAUCUUCAGCUCGCAGAAAGGGGAAGUUCACCCCCAAAGGUGGAAAGACUAAGCCCACUGUCCCUAAAUCUGAAGUGAGUUAUAAUACUAAGAAAGAAGAUGAAGCAGCCCAGGCUCAGAAGCUCGUAACCAAAUUCAAUGAGAAUCUCAGAAGAGAUGUGCCAAAAGUUCAGAAAAAAUCUUCAGUGCAAGUUGCCUUUGGGCCAGGUACCACAUCAACUUCUUUAAGGAAAUAUGGUGUUCCUAGAGAUGAGAAUGCUGGCAACAGCAGUAGGUCAGAGAUAAAAGACUCUAUUGAUGAUGAUGGAAAAAUCAUCAGUUCUUCACUUUCAACUGUCACAGAAGAUGGGAGCAUUGAUUCUCCUUCAAAUGCCAUUGCAGCAUUGCCCCUGAAAAUCAAGAAAGAUUACAGACAACCUUGGGAUUACAAAGAUACCUACUAUCCUACAACUCUUCCUUUAAGAGAGCCUUACUCAGGCGACCCAGAACUUCUUGACGAGGCUGAGUUUGGGGAUGCUGCAAAGAAAUUGGAGUAUAAUGAGAACACUAUUAAUCCUGCUAAAGAUCUUGGACUAUUGGAGGAAUGUGAUAAGGAAAGGAUGUUAUUCUUUCAAUUUCCCCCCAAGCUGCCCCUUGUCAAGCGAUCAGCUAGUGCAAAGGGAAAAGAAAAGGCUGAAGGCUCAACUCCUUCACAAGGCAAGAGUGUUUCAAAGAAAGAAAGCAAUUUGGAAGAGUUACCAGGGGGAUACAUGGGGAAAAUGCUAGUUUACAGGAGCGGAGCUGUCAAGCUGAAGCUAGGUGAUACACUGUUCGAUGUUUCACCAGGUUCAGAUUGUACAUGCGCUCAAGAUGUAAUGGCCAUCAACACUGCAGCCAAACACUGUUGCACUAUUGGAGAACUUGGGAAAAGCGUUGUUGUAACUCCUGAUGUUGAUUCUCUCCUGGAUUCUGUGAUCAACCAGAGCUAAAUGCACAGCAAUAGAUUCAAUAGGUUAACACUUAACAAUGUCCAUAGAGUGUGAAACACAGCAGUUCAAUGUGUAAAUGGUUCAGUAGAAUUGCAACAAUGUUGACUAGAUAGCAGGUGAAGUUGCUUUGGAAAUUUGCAGGAUGUCAUUCUUGAGCUAUGCGCUCCACUUCAUGAAAACUAAAUUUUGCCUUCACCA